UCGAACGAGCAUCCAUGUUGGUGAUCCUGAUGAACUGUGUGACACUGGGCAUGUUUCAUCCCUGUGAGGACAUCAAAUGCGACUCUGAGAGGGGCAAGAUCCUGCAGAACUUUGAUGACUUCAUCUUUGCAUUCUUUGCCAUCGAAAUGGUGAUCAAAAUGGUGGCUCUUGGGAUUUUUGGCAAGAAGUGUUACCUCGGAGACACGUGGAACCGCUUGGACUUCUUCAUAGUGGUGGCUGGGAUGUUGGAGUACUCCCCCAGCCUGCAGAACGUCAGUUUCUCAGCGGUGAGGACGGUUCGCGUGCUGAGACCUCUGAGAGCCAUCAACCGAGUGCCAAGUAUGCGCAUCCUGGUGACCCUGCUGCUGGACACCCUGCCCAUGCUGGGUAACGUGCUGCUGCUGUGCUUCUUUGUCUUCUUCAUAUUUGGCAUCGUGGGCGUCCAGCUGUGGGCCGGCUUGCUCAGAAACCGCUGCUUCGUGGAAGACAACUUCUCCUUCCCUUUCUCUGUGGAGAGAGAUAAAUACUACCACACUGAAAACGAUGACGAGAACCCCUUCAUCUGCUCUCUGGACCGAGAGAACGGCAUGAGAGACUGUGACUCGGUGCCAAAGCUGUAUGAAGAAGGAGGAAUUCAGUGCAACCUGGACAUGUAUUCUUACAACAGCACUGACAACACCACCUGUGUCAACUGGAACCAGUACUACACCAAUUGCUCUGCUGGUCCGGUCAACCCCUUCAAGGGAGCCAUUAACUUUGACAACAUCUGCUAUGCCUGGAUUGCCAUCUUUCAGGUGAUCACUCUGGAGGGCUGGGUGGACAUCAUGUACUUUGUGAUGGAUGCUCACUCCUUCUACAACUUCAUCUACUUCAUCCUACUCAUCAUUAUCGGCUCAUUCUUCAUGAUCAACUUGUGCCUGGUGGUCAUCGCUACUCAGUUCUCAGAGACCAAGCAGAGGGAGAGUCAGCUGAUGAAGGAGCAGCGGGUGCGAUUCAUGUCCAACGCCAGCACCCUGGCCUCCCUCUCUGAGCCGGGCUCCUGCUACGAUGAGUUGCUCAAGUACCUGGUUCAUAUCGUCCGCAAGGGGGCCAGGCAAGUGGCCCACGUCUGCAGGCUCUUGGCUCGCCGUGCAGGGCUUAAUAUUGCCGCCUCGCCCCCACCCACAGAGCCCCAACGUAGCCACAGCCAGAGAAGGAGGAGAAAGCCCUCCAGGCAGGGAUCUGUGUCAGUUCAUCACAUGGCACACCAUCACCAUCACCACCACCACCACUACAACCUGGGGAAUGGCAGUGUGAGGAGAGGAGGGAGCUUCAGGUGUCUUGAGGGCCGGGAUGUGGAGGCAGGUGCUCAUAACAACAACAGAGGGGCCCUUGUAUCAACCACCGGUGCUGGGCAUCUUGCUUUAUCUCCACCACUUUCAGUGACAGCAGCCACCUCAGAUACAAACCUGGCUACUUUGGCCAACCUUGCUGCUGGAGCCGCCGAUUCGUCUUCAGUCCACACUGUGAUUCACACAGAAAGUCUUCGCUGUACCCCCCCGAUCCCAGGUCCAUUCUCCCUGGCCCCGGCUCCCGUCUCCAGGGCCAUGAAGAGGAACUCUGUACCUUUUGCUGCUCCAGGGCCUAAGAACUACCCCACUCUGCAGGCUCGAGCCCUGGCAGAGUCAAGACGAGGGAGUGUUGCUGUUAGCACUCUGACUAACAUCAGCUUGAAUAUCCCACCCAUGCCCCUGGAGAGACGGCCGUCAAGCCUGGUGGAUGCACACACUCCCACAGCCCAGCUCUCCUGCCAGCUGUCGGCUCGUGACCUCAGCACUACCAGCAGUGCCAUGGACACAGCCGCAUUGACAUCGGACCCAGAAAGUUGUCCCUUGUGCGCAAGAGCGCUGGCCAACGAAUCAGAGGGUGGCACUGAGGGCAACGAGACCCCUGGAGACUCCGACAGCGACGGCAUAUAUGAGUUCACCCAGGACCUCCAUCACAGGGACAGGAGAGACAGCCGGCAGCCCAAAAAGAAGCACCGUCGACUGGGCAAGACGGCAGCGAAGGUGGUUCACUUCUGGAGGCUGGUGUGCGACACAUUCAGGAAGAUUGUGGACAGCAAGUACUUUGGACGAGGGAUUAUGAUCGCCAUUCUGAUCAAUACUCUGAGCAUGGGGAUUGAAUAUCAUAAGCAGCCUGAUGAGUUGACCUAUGCAUUGGAGAUCAGUAAUGUUGUGUUCACCAGCCUGUUCUCUCUGGAGAUGCUGUUGAAGGUUUUGGUCUACGGGCCCUUCGGCUACGUCAAGAACCCCUACAAUAUAUUCGAUGGCAUCAUCGUGGUGAUCAGUGUGUGGGAGAUCAUGGGUCAGCAGGGUGGUGGUUUGUCGGUGCUGAGGACCUUCCGGCUGAUGCGGGUGCUGAAGUUGGUCCGUUUCAUGCCGGCCCUACAGAGGCAGCUGGUGGUGCUGAUGAAGACCAUGGACAAUGUGGCCACCUUCUGCAUGCUGCUCAUGCUCUUCAUCUUCAUCUUCAGUAUCCUGGGGAUGCAUCUGUUUGGUUGUAAGUUUGGGUCCGAGACGGAUGGAGGAGACACUCUGCCAGACAGGAAGAACUUUGACUCUCUUCUCUGGGCCAUAGUGACUGUCUUCCAGAUCCUAACCCAGGAGGACUGGAACAAGGUGUUAUAUAACGGCAUGGCUUCCACCUCUCCUGUAGCUGCCCUCUACUUCAUCGCUCUUAUGACCUUUGGCAACUACGUCCUCUUCAACUUGCUGGUGGCCAUCUUGGUUGAGGGUUUCCAGACAGAGGAAGUGUCCAAGCGGGAGGAUUUGCAUGCCCAGCUGAGCCUAAUUCAGCUGCCUGUAGACUCAGGGGGUGACGCUUCCAAAUUGAGUUCGGAGAUCGAUUCCUGUGCACGAAGUAUGGAGGAUGUUAACGGCAGCAAGAAGGAUUUAUCAGCCUCUGCAGUAGUGCCUGUAAAUGGCCACGUGGACCUGAAGACCAGCCUGACUCCACCUCUAAUUACCCACACGGCUGCCACUCCCAUGCCCAUACCCAAGUUGCCCGUUGGAGGGGACCCUGUCCUGGGCUACGAGUCCCGUCGAGGCAGUAACGUCUCCAUAGACCCAGCCUGUUAUGACAAAUCACCGACCAGCGCCCAGAGCUCUUCUCCACACGCCCCAUGGAGCUCUGGCAGCGGCUGGACCAGCCGCCGAUCCAGCUGGAACAGCCUGGGUCGUGCGCCGUCACUCAAACGCCAGAAGCGGCAGUCUGGGGAGCGGCGGUCUCUCCUCUCCGGGGAGGGUGGCUCCAGCUCAGAUGACGGGGAAGGCGGAGGUGGGUUGAUGGACGAAGACGAUGCUUCUCUGGCCAGGACGGAUUCCAUGUCCCAGUCACAGAGAAGACCCAGACACCGGAGGAUGGAGUCAGUAGAGACUCGGAGCUCUAUGGAUUUGCACCCUGAUGCUCUGCUGCAGGUGCCCUACCUGUACCGCUCAGCCAGUAUGCACAGCUCCAGGCCCCCUUCACUGGGACACUUACGGCCCCCUGAGCACAGCGACUGCAAUGGAAAGGGCUCUCCAUCGGUCCUGGGCCCCACACAUGUCUCUCUGGAGGAAAACACUGAAGACGAAAAUGCAGAUGACGAGGCCAGCCUGGGUCGUUUUGCCAGACUGUUCCGCUGGCUGGAGAAGAAGCAGCCGGAGUGGUGUAAACAGAGAGACACCUGGUCACUCUACCUCUUCCCUCCAGACUCAAGGUUUCGCAUCCUGUGCAAUAAGAUUAUCACCCACAAGAUGUUUGACCAUAUUGUGUUGGUCAUUAUCUUCCUCAACUGCAUCACCAUCGCCAUCGAGAGACCUAGCAUCACCACUGCUGAGCGGAUCUUCCUAAAAUUAUCAAACUACAUCUUCACGGCAAUUUUUGUGGCUGAGAUGACUAUAAAGAUCGUAGCUUUGGGCUGGUGUUUUGGGGACAAGGCCUACCUGAGGAGCAGCUGGAACAUUCUGGAUGGGAUGUUGGUGAUGAUCUCUGUUAUCGACAUCCUCGUGUCUCUCAUCUCCAACUCUGGUACCAAGAUCCUGGGCAUGCUCAGAGUGCUGAGGCUGCUGAGGACCCUGAGGCCACUACGUGUGAUCAGCAGAGCCCCGGGGCUGAAGCUGGUGGUGGAGACUCUGAUGUCGUCACUGAAGCCCAUCGGCAACAUUGUGGUCAUUUGCUGCGCCUUCUUCAUUAUCUUUGGCAUCCUAGGAGUACAGCUCUUCAAGGGGAAGUUCUUCGUGUGUCAAGGAGAGAGUGUACAGAAUAUCACUAACAAGUCAGAGUGUUUGCAGGCCAGCUACAAAUGGGUCAGACACAAGUACAACUUUGACAACCUUGGACAGGCCUUGAUGUCUCUGUUUGUUCUGGCAUCAAAAGACGGCUGGGUGGACAUUAUGUAUGAUGGUCUGGACGCUGUAGGAGUUGACAUACAGCCGAGAAUGAACCACAACCCAUGGAUGCUACUCUACUUCAUCUCCUUCCUGCUGAUUGUAGCCUUCUUUGUGCUCAACAUGUUCGUGGGUGUCGUGGUGGAGAACUUCCACAAGUGCCGGCGCCACCAGGAGGCUGAGGAGGCCAAGCGCAGGGAGGAGAAGAGACUGAAACGCAUGGAGAAAAAGAGACGGAGUAAGGAGAAGGAGCUGGCUGAAGCUCAGAGUAAACCCUACUACUCAGAUUACUCCCCCAUUCGCCGACUCAUCCACAAGAUGUGCACCAGCCCCCACCUGGAUCUGUUCAUCACUGUCGUCAUAGGACUCAACGUCAUCACCAUGUCCAUGGAGCACUACAAGCAGCCCAAGGAGUUGGACAAGGCAUUGGAGAUCUGUAACUACAUCUUCACCCUCAUCUUUGUGCUGGAAUCCGUCUUCAAGCUGGUGGCCUUCGGCUUCCGACGCUUCUUCAAGGACAAGUGGAACCUGCUGGAUCUGGCCAUUGUGCUGCUGUCCAUCAUGGGCAUCACUCUGGAGGAGAUUGACGGCAAAGCUUCACUGCCCAUCAACCCCACCAUUAUCCGCAUCAUGAGAGUGCUGAGGAUUGCACGAGUUUUGAAGCUCUUGAAGAUGGCAGUGGGAAUGAGAGCUUUGCUGGACACCGUUAUGCAAGCCCUGCCUCAGGUGGGGAAUCUGGGUCUUCUCUUCAUGCUUCUCUUCUUUAUCUAUGCAGCCCUGGGAGUGGAGCUGUUUGGUGACUUGAUCUGUGAUGAACUCCACCCAUGUGAAGGUCUGGGGCGCUACGCCUCAUUCAAAAACUUUGGGAUGGCAUUUCUGCUGCUAUUCAGAGUUUCCACUGGAGACAACUGGAAUGGCAUAAUGAAGGACACAUUAAGGGACUGCGCUCAGGACACCAACACCUGCUACAACGCCGUGGUCUCUCCCAUCUACUUCGUCUCCUUUGUUCUGACUGCUCAGUUUGUCCUCGUCAACGUCGUCAUUGCUGUCCUGAUGAAGCACCUGGAGGAGAGCAACAAGGAAGCCAAGGAGGAGGCGGAGCUGGAGGCAGAGUUGGAGCUGGAACGGCAGUUAGAAGCGGGAGAGACAGCGCCAAGGUCGCCCCAGCUCAACCCUCUGGCACUGGGCACGGACAGAUCGAGUUCUGGGGGCUCCCCCUGGAGGUCCACUGGAGGAGGGGACAGGGAGCAGGAAAGAGACGGUCCUAUGGACUCGCCCACUGCUGACAUAACCAGAGAUCCUGUAAACAUCAGAGCAGACCCCCCUUCUUGCCUGGAUCCCCCACUGGAGUUUGUCCAGCGGAGAGCACAGUUUGACUCGGUCUCCCUGGUCAUCCAGGGUUCAAUGGAGGGAGAGUUGAGUUUGAUGGACAACCUGUCUGGCUCUAUCUGCCACUACUACGCGCUGCCCCCCAAGCCCAGCAAGCACAGCACCGACAAGAAGCCGGAGCAGCUAGAUCCUGGGGAGCCACUGGAGGACAACCUGCUGAGCGUCAGGAAGCCCACGGUGGGACGCACACACUCCCUGCCCAACGACAGCUACAUGUUCCUCCCCCUGCAGCCAUGUGGCAACACGACCGUGGCUUCAGCACAUCUUCUAGCACAGACACAGGGGCCUGAGCACAUACUGGGCACCCACAGGUCCCAGUCAGGCUCCAGCAGCUCGGUGCGUUCACAACCAGAGGAGCGUUCCCAGCAGCUGACCGUUCCAACAGACCUCUUCAGACCUAUCAGCCCCCACAGCCACUCAGACUCGGAGAGUAUACCACGACUUCCCCCUCCCAGACGCACACACACAUUCAGCCGCACGCUUCGCAGACAGCUCAGUUGGUCCCAAAAGCCGCCCGACCCUGAGCUACUGCACAAACACAGAUACUCCUGUUUCUGAAACAGCAACAAACAGCAGACAUUAGCUACCACUGGGCCUUUCAGAAACACUGUUCUCCAUGAUCAUCAACCAACAGACAGACAGAUUAACAAACACACAGGCUUCCCUCAUUUUUCCCCCUUUGUCACUCAUUUGAUUUUUAUUUCCUGCUAACCAUCAGCCACAAAGCAUCUAAACUCUAUAACAGGUAACUCUGCCUGUAGGAAACCUCACUAAUCCUUCUAAACCUAAGCAGCAGGAGUUGGGUGUAACAUUGCAUCAGUGGAUUUUUCAGUAGCUGAGAGACAGAAUGUAUUCAAGCCAGACAAAGAUAUUAUUUGGCUGAGAAUUUUACCCACAAUGCAGUGCACUUACUAAUAUAAACAGUACAACUCAGGGGAUUGCAACAGAACAGCGAGGGCUGUCCAUAUGCAUUUGGCCAUUUUGUACACACAGUACCACAGUGAUAGAGCACUUGUGACUUUUCUAUUGACUAGAUUAGCUCUACAUAGGUACAUAGAUGUUGAUCAGAGUGCAGUAGUUAUUGCACUAAACCCAAUUUUACUUUAAAAAAAGUGUGACAGGGUGAUUUCUUCUUAGUAAUGUUGCAGUUAGGAUUUGUUUCUCGGUGUUGUAGUGCUGUGGCUGGUGAUUGGCCUGGCCUGGUUGUGAUAUCUUUGACCACUAGGUGUCUCUGUGGUCCCACCAUUCAGGCUCAGGCAGGGAAACCCAUGAUUUCAAACAUUUCUCAAAGUGCCCUAAAACUCAUGCAUGCUUUGCUUCCUCAUCUCUAGAGAUUCAAGACACUUUAGUUGACUUAAUUCAACUCAAUUAUAUUCAAAUAUUAUUGUAAUUUCCUCCCCCCAAGUUUGUUUCUGUGAGGAACGAGUCAUUUUUUGAGUUUUAGCAACCAUGGUGCUUACUAACGCUUCCUCUCCUACAGUGUUUACAUAUUAUGUUUACCCUCUGACUGUUGGCCUCACACCCUGUGGACGGUUUUGUUCAGAGACAAGGACGUCAGUACGGAAACACUGAUCAGAAUUUGGCUGUAAAUUGAACUACAAACUGCACUGCAGACAGUUUACAGGGUUUUGUGUGAAUGGUCAAAAGUCAGAGGGUCAGGUGGUGUGGCUCAGAGUUCACUGUGUCAGCUGGUGCUCAAUCAGCUGAGUCCUCCUGUCCAAUCGAAAAGAAGCAGCGUACACUUUCCUGGUGAAAAAAACAGAUAUGAGCUCCUUACAUGGAAAUAUUCACAUCAGUUGGCACCUCCUCUAAAGUACUGAACUGUAGCAUGACUUACAGGAAAAUGACACACCUCUGUAUUUAUUACAUUCCAGCAAACUGAAGGGGCAUUCUGUUUUCACAAUCUUUAUAUAUGUAAAAAACUGUGCAGAAGAUUUUUCAAGAGAAUCACCAUGGUGAUGUUGAGAGUGUCAGGGAAGUUUGAGUACAAGAAGUUAAUUUUACAGUCAUCACAUCCUUUUAAAGAACCCUUUUAAGACAAAUAAAUAAUACUGUGUUUUGAAAUAUAAUUUGCAUCCGAUACAGGUCCUCAGCACAAGUUAGGCUGAUUUAAGUUUGUCAUUUAAUUUAUUAAAAAUGCAUCCACUCCCGCCUUAUUAGAAAAUCCAGAAUAUGCACAUAGUGUUAAAUACAUAAGUCGGACAGAGUCAAUUCUCAGUGUAUGUGACCUGGAGAUUUUACAUUCCCACAUCACUCUUGCGUAAGUUUCAUAGAUCAGAGGGCUGUAUUACGAAGCACGAAGUAGCUGGACUGACAAACCCUAAAGCCUCACUCAGAGGUAGCAGGUAUCACAUGGGUGGUUAUCAACUUGCUCUGUUAACCCAGGCUUUCUGCUUCAGGCUCUGUUUGCAUUCCCUUAAAAUUAGUCAAAUGACAAAUGACGAAUUCAGCACAUUAUCUUAAAAUUAAACAAGUGCAUGCUGCUUACUUUCACCUUUGAAGAAUAUUGACAAACCUUCCAAUUUUAUUGUGAAGCAAUGAAGUAAUGAAAAUGCUUAGGGGAAAUGUAUUGGAGUUAAGGUAUACAUUUUAUUUAGGAAAUGUGGUGGAGUAAAAGCAGAAGUUUAAGAAAUAUAAAAAUUCAAGUAAAGUGCAUAUACUUUCUAGAAAUACUUAAAUAUUCUAACAAAGUGUUAUUACUUAGUGACAUUACACCACUUAUUAAUAAUGUAGUAAACUAUUAAAGUAUAAUGUUAUCUGUGGAUUUAUAAAAAAGCUUUGAGAGCCAGUGUGGGCAAAUGGACCAGAGAACACUACAAACACAUUCACGGAGUUCAGGGAGAAGAACAGAUUUUCUGCAUCACUCAAAUACUCUAGGUUCCUAUGGUUAAAAAACGACAUGAUACGUACAGUAAGUGCUACUGUAAUUGCACUGCUUCGUUUGGUGGCACUAAUGAAAUGUUACAGCUCAAUAAAUUGGAUUAAGUGCAUUUAUAACAUGUUCCCCCAGAUGAGAAUCUGUAUUGCUCAUAGAUUGACAUCGAUUAUAGAGUGAGGCUACUCGCCGAUUUCAAACUGAAACUCAGUACAAAAACUGGUCUAUUCCAGGUUUGGUCUCCAGCAUCAGUUACCAUAGCAAUCCAGGCAGAUUAAGAGACAGCCACCUUCUAUUAGGCCCAACAUACCUCCCUAACCCAGUGGUGUUGCUUCAUGAUAUAUCCCUCCGGUCAUGGCCCAAAGUCCUGCUGGCACACACGCACAUGUUGAACUGAGAUUUAGGGCGAGCAGCACAGAGAAACUUUCCUUCUUCAGAAGAUGAAUGUGAAAAAAACCUCUGCACAUACAUCAUUCAGUGCAGUGACACUCAGACAUCCGAGUGAAGUAAGAACAAUAAUCACUGAAGAAUGGAGGGGGGCUUUGACAAAUAUUCCUAUCAGAUGUGAAAACAAAAUACUGGCUCAACAGAAGCACUGCGCAGUAAAUUAAUAACACAAAACCAAAGAACACAUCCAAUAAUGUCAAAAGCUGUUUACCCAACUUACUCUUGACAAAUCGUAAUAUGGAAUUCUGCCAUUGAGUAAUCCAGUGUAACCUCUGGCUUAUAAUUCAUGGCACAGUGUUGCAAUGCAUUUCAGCCGCACACUGCCUUCAAUAAGAAGUACAGAGAGGACUCUGGGGACAUGCUGAUUAGACUGUGAACUCUGACCCCAACUACUGCUUCUCAUCCUCAUCACCUCUCACUAACUAGUCUCCCCUCUCAUCUCCCCGAUCCCCUGAUCUCCCCCUCCCUUCCCUCACCGCACAUUUACCUCCAUCUCCUCGCCCUUCUCUCCUAAAUAUUUCAUCCCUCCCCCUGUCCCCUCCAUG